ACGAGAUUAAAACACCGACGGACAAUAUGCCCGUCUUUUCUCUUUUUAGUACGUAAACAUUAGCUUUAUAACAACAGUGUAUAUUUUCUGCUCUGGGUUGAUGACCUCCUCUAUCCGGACAUCUCACCCAAGUAAGACCAGUUCGCUACUUAAAGACUGGCGGUGAGAUGUUAUAGGGACGUUUUACUGAGCAGCUCCGCUUCCGGCGGCUCUGCUCGGGUUCUGCUAUCGUCUCAUCCAAGUGGAAGGUGGAUAUCACCUGAGGUUAUCUGUGGGUGAAUCCCUCUUCAGGCGUUGUUCUGCGCGUUUGCUCAGACAUGUGUGAUCCGGAACAGAAGGACCUGUAUGCCGUGCUGGGCGGCAGCCCGUCGGACUCCCUGCAGCAGCUCAGACACAGAUACCAGCAGCUGGCUCUGAAGUACCAUCCAGACCGUCUUGGAGGUGAAAACUCUGCAGAGUCUAGUGUGAGAACAUUUCUUGAAGUUGAUGCGGCCUGGAAGAUUCUGGGUGACCAAACCACAAGAAGAGAAUAUGACCUGCAGAGGCGAGCACAGGAACUGAAACAGGACUGGACAGUAGAUUCUACCGUUGACCUGGAGGACAUGACAUGGGAGACGGAUGGGUGUGAAUGCAGCUACAGCUGCCGCUGUGGAGGAACAUUCAGCGUCUCAAAGGAGGAGAUGGAGGAGGAGACACAGAGGAGGCUUCAGGAACUUAAUGAGCAGGAAAUGCACCGAGGAGCGCAGAGCGGCAUGCUCGUCUGCUGCGAUACCUGCUCACUCACUAUUUAUGUCACUUGGUCGCUAAAUAAAAAGACGCAAAUGCCAAAAUAAAUGUUAUUUUUUAAAUGCAGAGCAUGAGUCUUAAUUAAAUGGUAACCUUGUUCUUGAGUAUAUUAGUACAACUUGAACUCUAUUGGGGUGAGGAUACACCUUUCCCACCUGUCAACACAAAGGUGAAAUAUCUUCAACUGCCAGGGUUUCAGUCGUAGUUAACUUCUACCAGGGGUUUUAGUAAUGUUAUCAGGAGCAGUCAGACAUUCAGCAGCAGUUAGAAAUCCCACAGGAGUCUACCUGCGACCUGCUGCUCCCUCUGGGGCGUGUGCUACAUGUACAGACUUGCCGUUAGCAGCCAUGAUGCUACUUAGUAAACCUAAAACUCAGCAGACAGACGCACAAAAUAAACCAAAGAAUGACAGAGGUUUGUAUAUAAGCUCACGUCUGCCUUCACACUUAAGAUAGCACUUUUUUAUAAAUAAAAAAUGCACAAAAAGGAAAAAAGAACAGGAAAUACUGUUUUAAUGAAUGAAUAUUACUGUGUGUGUGAGCAAUAAUAUGAGUGACUAUCAUGUGGAGCAAUUAAACAAGUAAUGAGAAUAUUCAUAAAUCAAUAAAUUAUGAGAGGCAGGUACACAUAAACAUAACGAUGAAUCAUUUAAUAUUUAAAUGAUUUCUUAGUGGAGUUUGUCACCUUGAAUACAGGAACUACCUGGGAUGAGACUGGAAGAUGCAUGGAGAAGAAAGGAAAAGGAAGAGAAGGGAGGGAUAGGGCAAAAACAGGAAUAAUACAUGUAGCAGACUCCCCAAAUGAAGAAUUUUGGCUUUACUGAUGAACAGCCUUAACCUGGGGUUAUUUACAAUACAUAAAUUAUUUAUAAUAUUAGAGACAAUCAUUUAAAAUCAAUUACACAAAUGCUAUAUUCUAUUGAAAUGUGUUCAUUGAAUACAUUUUUCCAAUGUGUCAGACUGAUGGUGGUUUGUAGUACUAGUUUAGCAUUUGUAGCAUGAAUAAUGUUGGCAUGACUAUAAUGGGAUGAGGCAGUCAAACCUGCUUGGGUUGUGUAGUGGAUUUUGUGAAGUAUUUUAUUUUGAAUGAGCUGAAGAUUAUAAUUUGUCAUAUAUGAGAUAUUGCAAAUGUUAAUUCAGAAGUCAUAAUCUGAGUUUAUAUUCAGAUCUAAUUGCCAUCUUGAAUUAGAUAUGGAUAUUGUUGAAUCAAUCUUGUUUAACAUUUUGUAUAUCAGCUGAAUUUUCUCUUUUAAAUAGUCCAGUAAUUUGUGCAUUAGGUUCUAUAAUGAGUUGUUCCAGGUCAUAUUUACUUUGAAGGUAUUCUAAGAAAUGAGUAUCAUCAAGUAUAUAUUGUUUAGUUGAUUCUGAAAAUAAAUUGAGUUUAUCAUCCAAAGAUAUUUUCAAAAUGUGUAAUGCCUAGAGAUCCAUGAGCUAAAAAAGAUUUUUUUUUUUAUUUAUUGUGAGAAACAGAUCAUUUCAAAGUGGUGUGUAUAUUGAGAUGGUGAAAUUUAAAUUAAUAAUAACAUUGAAUUUCCACCAAACACAGCAUAGCCUCAAUGGAUGGCAAUUUAAAGCAACAAUGUUUCUUAAUAGUUUGACUAAUGAAUGGCAAAUCUGAUAGCUGCAUUUUCCCACAAAAAGAUUUUUCUAUUUUAUUAAAGCCAUUGUUCUUCUGACUUUUGAUGCAUAUAUUAUGUACUCUAACCAAUAGGCUAUAUAAUAAUUGGUGUAAUUUUCACAUCGUCAUUCUUUAGUCAGAGUGGAUACAAGGAGAGGUGACAGGGGGAUCUUUGCCAGGUUUAAGCAAAACUACAAUAGCAAUUUAGGGGAAUAAUGUCAGUUUUUUUUAUUUCUUAUAUCAAUUUUAAAUAUAUUUAAUUGAGCAUAUCCCAGAAAUGUUUAUAAGAUUCAUCUCGAAAACCAUCCAGCUCUGGUGUUUGCAAUAAGAUGUAUUGCAUUGGUUCAUUCUUUUUUCCAAUAAUGGAACUUUGAGCAUACCAACCUGUUCAUCUGUCAAAGAGAUAAAAAAAAAUAAAAUAAAAAAAUAAUGAUAAUAAUAAUAAUGCGCUAUCUGUAUUUGAACCAUAAACAUGAGCUACUGUUAGUGUCUCUGUACACAGAAAUAUGGAUUUUUAUAAACUGACCCUCAGGAUCCACAGUAGUUUUAUGAUGUAUAAUGUGUAUAUUUGUUAUCUAUUAAAAUGCAUUGUCCUCUUUGUCUUGAGUUACAGUUUUAAUAAAAUACUUGAUUAUA